AUGAAUAAAGGUUGGUUUGGGGGACUUUUAGGAAAGGGCCAAGGAUCAAGUGGGGCAGGUAAUAGUGGCGGAUUAAAUGUACCAGUGGAGGCAUUGUUUCAAAAGAUUCAAGAGUCAACAGAAUUAGAAGGCAAAAAAGAUGCAGUUUCGCAACUAAUCAGUAUUAAUAGAUCAUGUCAUCAAUUGGUUGGGUCCAAAAUGUCAAUUCUAACAACAUUAUUAUCCGAAAAUCAAAAUGACAUUGAGUUGGUACGUGAAAUUAUUCAAAUUUUAACAUUGAUUAUGACAACUUUACCAAAAGAUGAUAAUAUUAUUGAAAUUCAUAAUACUGAACUUUUCAUUAGUUCAAAAGAAAAUUUUGUAGUUAUUACAGAUUUAUUAAAAUUAAACGAUUAUUAUGUUAGAUAUUAUAUUGCUAGAUUUUUAUAUAUCUUAAUUAAGAAUCGAUUUGAAGCAGUUCAACAAGCAAUUUUAUCAUGCCCAAUGUCAAUGCCAAAUAUCAUGUCAUUAUUAACUGAUUCAAGAGAUAUGAUUAGAAAUGAGGCAUUAUUAAUUAUUUUGGAAUUGACAAAAUCAAAUCAAGAAAUUCAAAAGAUUGUAGCAUUUGAGGGUGCAUUUGAAAUUAUCCUUGGUAUUAUUAAAAAAGAAGGUUCAUCAGAAGGUGGUGUUGUAGUAAAUGAUGGUAUUUUAAUUUUAAAUAAUUUACUUAAGGGAAAUGUUUCAAAUCAAAAUUUCUUUAGAGAGACCAGAUGCAUUCAAGAGUUGUCAUCACUAUUAGAAGUUCAAAAUACUGAUAUGUGGAUAUUAUCAGAUAACAAAUUCACAAUUAUAAUGUCAACAUUAGAUUUAAUUUUAAUAUUGGUAGAAAGAAAUAAUACUAGUACCCCAUUAAAUCAAAUUGUUAUUUCUCAAUGCGGCAUCAUGAAUUUAAUCAUUCGUUUAGGCUUAGGUAAAAUGUCAUCUCAAGUAAUUCGAAGUAAGAGUUUAUAUACACUUGGCGAAAUUAUCCAUUUAAGUAAUGAAAAUAUCUCUGCACUUAGUGGUGUCACAAUGAAAAGUGAAAUAACGAAGCAAGGUCAAACCGCACUUCUUCGUUUAACUACAGUAAUGUUGUAUAGCAAAGAUUUAAUUGAAAAGAGCGCAGCUUUCCAUGUAUUCAAAUCAUAUCUUUACAACAAUGAAGAGGCUCAAAUGGCUUUGGCAUCAACAAUUAUCUCUGACUCAAAUGGAUCAUUAUUAUCAUCACCACCAUCCUCACAACCACAAUCUCCACAAGAGCAACAACAAUUAAAGCAUCAACAACAAUUAGAGUUUGAAAGUCUUUCAAUUGGGCAACAUUUGUUUAAGGCAUUAUUCUCUUGGGAAACUCCAAUCGCAGGAAAGCCAUUCGAUAUCUCUUGUUUUUGGUUUGCUAGUGUGGUUUUAUUAUAUAUGUUGAAAGACUCUGUCCAUACCAAAGAUCAAUUAUUAAAGAUGCCAUUAGAAGUACCAAAAUCAUCAGCAGCAGCAGAAAAGCAACCAUUAACUCUUUUCACUAAAUUAAUGGAGUCACUUUUAAAUACAAAAAAACACGACAUUGAUCCAACUAUAAAAAUUGGUCUUUUAAAAUUAUUAUCAGUUUGGUUAGACCAAUCACCCAAUAGCAUUCAAGAGUUUUUCAAAGGACCACAAAAUUUAGCAUUUUUGGUAGAAUUAAUUCUUUCUCCAUCAACUGUAUCAACCUCCUCCACAGGCAAUCCAUCAGCAUCCUUACAACCACAUAUCCAAGGUUUAGCAGCUUUAAUUUUAGGUAUCUGUGCCCAAUACAUGAAUGACGAAACUGCAGAACAAAAUCGUUCAAAUCUUAGUUCAAUCAUUAAUCAUAGAAUUACAAUUAAUAUAUUUAAAGAUAAAUUGGAUACAGUUAGAAAAUCAGAUCAAUUUACAAAUGCCGAGCAAUCUGAAGAUACAUUUGAUCCAUCAAGUAGUUCAGCUAAAACUAUUGUUUUAUAUGAUUUCGAUUAUACCCUAUUCUUUAAAGAUAUUUAUGAUAAAAUUAGACAUAUUGGUACAAAUAUUAAUAAACCAAGACCAGGCAAAAGACCAACAAAUAAUAGUGCAAAUACCACUACAACUACCACCACUACACAACCACCAUCACAGCAACAACCACCACAAACAUCAUCACUAUCACCACCAGUAAAUACUUCCUCUGCAACAUCAUCACCACAAACAUCAUCACCAGCUAUUCCACAUAGACACGACCAUAGCCAAUCACAAUCACAAACCCCAACACAAAACAAUUCUCAAGAAUAUCAACAAGCAAUGUCAGAACUCAAUCACUAUAAAAAAGCAAAUCACGAUUUAAUGACACAACUAACCCAAGUAAGAUUGGAUAGUCAAAACCAUUCACAACAACAGCAAAUUCAACUUCAACAAUUACAACAACAAAUACAAUUAUUACAACAACAACAACAGCAGCAACCAACAAUGAAAUCAGACGAAAAAGAAAAAGAACUUUUACAUUUAUUAGAAGAAAAAGUAAGAGAAGUUACUUCAUUAAGUGAUGCAGUUUAUAAAUUGGAGGAUGUAUUAUGCACAAAAGAUGAGCAAAUUGAAGAGCUAUCUAACCAAUUGGAACAAUCAAAGGCUCAACAACAAAACAAUAACAAUAGUGGAGGUUCAUUAGACUCUUCAGAUUAUUUCGAACUUUUACGUUUAAGACAAGACUCUGAACAAAAUCAUUCAGUAAAUUCAAGUCGUAUUCAAUCAUUAGAAUCUGAAGUUUCUCAAUUAAAUCAAAAAAUUUCUCAACUUUUAAAUGAAAAUCAAAUUCUUCAACAACAAAAAGAAGAUGCUCUUAAAAAAAUUGUAUCCUCACCCAGCUCAGUUAUCAGUGAUCCAAACUCAUUAAAUUUAGCAAAAGUAAAGGGAGAGCUCAAUGAAAUGGUACUUAAAUACGAAUCAUUACAAAAAGAACAAGACGAAUUGUUAGAAGCUUAUUCAAAGAUUGAAUUGGAAAAUACUAAUUUAAAAAAUCAAUUAUCAAAACUCCAACAAUAA